AAAUGCUGAUUAUUUCAUUUAAACAUGAUGUUUAGUUGACAUUUUGUCCAACUGACUUGUUUUACGCUUUCUGAAUUCUUAAUCAGUUCCUUUUCGCAGCAAAUCUAGAAAUUUAAAAAUGCUUUUUCAACCAUUGGACUUCUUAAGCAUUUAAAUUCUGAAGCGCUGUGCCCACGGUGCGAUUUUUCAUGCGCAUGCGAAUGCGAUUUUGUUGCAUUCCAGGCCCGAGCAAAAAUACACCGUGACACCAGCAAUAAUCUCUUUUUAUGCACUGCAGCAAAAUCGACAUAAAAACUUGUUGCAACAUUUUUUUUAGUACUGCAUGCAUCAUGAAGCAGAAAUUUUAAAAUGCUACACGUGGCGCAUAGGUUACAGUAUCUUUUAUUAUCAUUAUAAUAAAAGAUACUGUAACCUAUGCCCGCAGAAUUUCAUACAGAAUAGAAAUAAAGAAAGGCAGGUAAAGAGAAACACAGGUGAAAAUAUUUUUGCUAUAUUUUCUAACAUAGAUCUGAAUGUCUUUAUCAAAUCUAAAAAUUUUCACCAAUCAGUUAGUUAGCGGAUUGCCAACUCUCUCUCUUUUUUGCUUAUUUAUCCAAUGAAAUUGCAGAAGGCAUCAUAUACUAUGUUAUGUUCUAUAAAAUAUAUAUCUAGAAUUCAUCUGUUCUAACAGGCGUAUUAAAUUUGCCAUAUAAUUCUCCCUUUUCUCAGAGGUUUUAAGUAUUGUUGCAUGUAUUUUGCUGCUUUUUUCCAACAAACGUGACAUUGCAUGCGCAUGAAAAAAUUGGCACCAUGGACCCAGCCUUUAACUUGCAUCACGUUUAUUCAUAUAAUAGCAAUCAAGCUAUAUUGUGAAAAUUCCGUCUAAAUGUUGAAAAGGUAAAGGGGACUUUCUACUCUCUUUUUAUGGUAAAGAGAACAAUGAAUUUAAAGAAAGAAACUUUCGCGAAUAGCCUGUUUAAAAUUUUCCCGUAAAAUAUUUUCGCGAAUGAUCAUUUAAUGGAUUUACCCCCAGAAGUAAAUUUUGUGAUAGCACAGGUGUUGAUUAUUAUUGUUCGAGAUAGCCUUAAAAUAGUGUGUAAAAGUUACCAUAAAAUGCCAGCAAUGAUAAAUAACCACAUCACUUUGAAUUGAUUUUUAAAUUGUUUAUUAACAAUCAUAGCACGAAAUUUUAAACGAUAAGGAUGAUCCCACCCGCCACCUGUCGGAAAAAUAGAAAACCAAACAAAGAAAAAAAUUGAGAUAGGAUUCCUUCUUAUCUACUUAAUUUAUCACAAAACUUCUCGUAAGCUUUGGAAGCGAGAAAUAAAAAUUGUAAAUGUGAAAAGAUUCGAGGUAUACUGAAACCAUUCCGCGUAUGGUAUACUAAAAUAUAUUUCGCGGGUAUUUACUUAUCGCAAAUAGGGCCUGAAUUCGCAAGCCUGAAAUUGUACUACACACGAAAAAAAUAUAUUUUGCAUUGGAACUGUGCAAAUUUUGUCUUUAAAUAUUUAUGUAUAUUUAUAUACGCAGCAAUGAUUGGCGUGCAAAAAUCUCCAGAAAAGAAAACUCUGCAUCUUAUAAAUUGCUAGAUCUAGAAUUUUUAGUAAUCUGUUUGCAUUGGUAAUUUGUAGGAUUAUAUUUUUCCAAAAAAUAAGUACGAAAGCUAGUCUUAUGUAUGAUAUCUAUGUGUUAUGUUUAAAUUUCUGUUUGUGCACUUGUAUAAAAACUGUAUAAAUGCUUCUUUAUUGACGUCAAAAAAACUGUCCAAAGACUCGAAUUUCACAUAUAUAGAACGGACAUUGGCACUCCUCAAUACGAUCUGCGCGUGUGAAGUAGUCGAACCUCUGACAUAGUUGGCUAUUCUUCAUGAUGUCUCUUGAGUCGGACACGUGAAUAGAUAAAUCCAAUGCUGUAUGUGACGAUGGUAUGUACCCGUAGAUCAAUAAGCGAGUGAUCAAUGUUCUUUUUGACAAGUCCAAUUGUAUAUAGCGGUUUUUUGUUGACAAUCGCGUACACUUCUUUUUUCAGUUUGACCCAGGUUUCCAUCAAAUGAUUUGUUUGUAUCGUAAUUGGUCUAAAAAUUUGUGUGACCCGUCUUUCGUUGGGAUAAUAGACUUUCUAAAUGAAAAUACUAAAAAGUCAAUACAGAAUUUUUUUGCGACGUGUUAUAUAAACUCUUGAUUUUAGGUAUUUGCCUAUACAAAUUUCUCAGUCAAACGUAACCGACUUUGAGAUAGGAUUGGCGGAAACUUUCGUAACAGGACGUCUCCUUAGCAGAGACAUUCAUGAGUCAGGCAUCUUUAAAGAGGACAUUUUUUCUCAUUUCUGCUGAAUUUUUUGGCACCUUAAGGAAAUUAAUUAUCGCGGGGUCGAUUUCGCGAAAAUUAGUUCCCGCAAAAAUUAAUUCACGCAAAAUAUGGAUGUUUUUCUAAUAUUUACAAAAAUUUCACUUAGCAGCCCUUUAUGUCUUGAAAAGCUAUUGAAAAAUAUUAAAAACUAGGUAACAAAUUUUGUUGCACUAAACUCGCGAAAUUUAGUUCACGCGAAAAACAUACCAGAUACCCAUAGAUACAAAGCACGUAGAGAUUGAACAUAGAUUACGAUACGAUUUUGCGCGCCUACAAUUAUUUUUACCUGUGUAAAGAUAUUGAUGAGUUGGGAUUCCAUUCAUUUAAACCUUCUUGACAUCCUUUCGAAGACAAACGCAUAUCUUGUUUUGAAACGAAGAAAGAGAUUUAAGAUUCUUGCAAAAUAUAAUACCUUCGGUAAGUAACUUUAUUUUCCUUUCGUGCAAUACACGGACAUCGUACCGUUCAGCAAGGAUGUACGAAUAAUGAGUUGUCUCCACAUAGUGCAACCAGAAGGAUAUUGUAAGGAAAACUUCAAUCCACGAUUUGAUGUAGUACUGUCUUUUCAUAUUGACGAUAAGUUAGUUUGUAGAACGCUAAGACAGGAUGUAUUUCAAGUGAAGCUUCCGAAGAGAAUGAAUAUUUUAAUAACAUACCCUAACUUUUUAUAUCUAUAUUUAUUUAAUAAUUUAUUUUAAAAGAAAAACAUUUUUUUGGUUUAUAUAUACUUCCGCUUCAAGUCUUCAUCAGUAAUAAAAAAAUAUCUAAUUAUUUAUUUUUAUUUUGAGAAAUCAUUUUUGCUGGUUAGAUUCAAAUUGUGCUAUCGCAGGUUGUUAACUCCAGCACGUACGCUGUAAAAUUGUAGUUAAUUUGACGGUAUACCUUUUUUCAGCGAUAGUAAAUCAAAGUUUAUACAUUCAUACAAGAGGGUGAUACUUUGACAAUUCCAAGGCGAUGAAUAUUCAAAAUGUUUUCCUUAUUCAUAAGGACGUGACUGGGUAUACCAUAGAAAUCAAAGCAAAAAUUAUACCCAAGAGGAUGAUAAGUGUCAAAAAAAUUCACUCGCAACUCCUAUUGAAUUUGAAGGUGUGAUAUACCGAUCAGAAAAAAAUGUUAUUUGGAUAAAGUCCCUUUCGAAAAAUAAAUAAAUAGUUUCACCAUUGGAAGCAUCGUCGUUUCUUUAGUAUAAAUGGCUAAUAAAAAAUCGAUUUUUUGAUACAAUAAUUAUUUAUCAUAUUUCUAUUUAUGAGUCAUCUGCGUUCACUUCAGUUUCUGCAGAAGAAUGACGUUUUGAGUGGGUAUUAGAGUCCUGUUUCAGACCUACCAAUCGAGAGAGGCUCCCCUAAUAAUUUAAAGGUUGUGUUCAUUUAUAUCAGUUCUUUUACUGUUGUUAUUUUCCUUUUACUUUUCAUUGUUGGGUGUAGUCCUCCCAUACAGGUAAUGAGCUACUAUGUGUAGCAUGCCAUCACAGGAUGUGUUACAUCAAUCAUGAAGGUAUAAAAGAUACGCCCAUGCAUUAAUUAAUUAGUUUUAUUUAUUUUUUGAUGCGUAGUUAGGGACUUAGUGUUAUUCAAAAAAAAACUUUUUGACGAAAUAAUUUCUGUAUGCUGCUGUUUUUAUUUGCACAUAAUUUUAUUUGUUUACAGGUUAUAUUGUUUACUUACAAACAUGAGUUUAACCUGUAUGUUACAUUGUCGUCAGUGUAGCGCGUACGAUUAUUGAUCUAUAAAUGACUCUCCGAUGUUUACAAAAGUUUCCGGAGUUUGUACACGCAAGGUCAUAUAUAGGAUACAAUUGCUAUAUUAAUGAAUUUUAUAGCUUUUUAUAAACACAAGAUCCAAAAUGCACUGGAAUCUUUUCUUCUUAGCAAAGUCCCACCCAUUUUAAGAUUUUUAAUUAUUGUGGUCUGUUUAUGGAGAGAGUAUAUUGGUUAAGACGUUUUCCUCCGUUUUUCUAUAGCAAAAAUGCGAUUAUUCGUCUACCAGUGCAUUCGUUAUUUACCAGUGCAGUGCUCUGUCAAAAACAUCGUUUCAUUCGUCUAUGAAUUUUCACGCAAAAAGAAACGAGCAAAAGCUAAUGGGUGAGAUAAAUAUUCCUUUUCAAGUACAACAUACAUCUUGUUUUACUGAUUUUACUAUGUGAAGCUAAAACUAGCUCGUUUAACCUGUAGCCUUUAUUUAACCUUUUUUAAUCCCAGCUAGCUAGCUAAUCACUUUGAAGGCAACCGACUGCUGGUGUAGCAUAUGUAAUUAUUGGUAGAUUCUGUCUUUCUUCCUACAAGAUUCUAUAUAAAAUUUAAGCUUAUUCUAAUGAUUAUUCAAAGCUCAGUGUGAAACGUGUAACUAAUUAUGCUAUCAUGAAUUGUUAUCAGGGAAGUUAAAGGAUGUCACACAUCUGGUGUCAGCUAAGUUGUUCAAGUUUUAAAAAUAGGAUUGGCCCGUUACAAAAUGAAAUAAGAACCUUGGUAUAUACGCUGCCUUCCAUACUCAUUGUCACACAUGCUGACUAUAACCGUAGCAAAAUGACACACAGAGGAUGUGACUGAACAUGUACCACAUGUAACUGAAAUGCGUUUUCAAGAAUUGUCAUUUUCCUUUCUUUUCAAAUCUUUUGCUGCCAUUUUUAUUAAAUUUAUGGAUAAAAUACUGACUGAUUGAAACCUUGCUUCCGCCACGCGUCAUAUAAGGGAGAAAGACAUUAGUUACUACAGUAGAAUCACGAUAACUCGAACUUUCAACAGCACGAAUUGAUUUCUAAUUCCCUUGAACCUUCACCAAUACUUUCUCAUAAAAUACUCCCAAUAACUCGAACCCCUGAUAAGUCGAACCAAUAUUCAUGUCCCUUGGAGCAAUAUUCGCCCGAUAAUUAGAACUUGAGAGCAAAAAUGGAUAUCCUGUGCGACUACAUCCCAUUUUGUGGGGAAGACAUACAGCAAAAAGUGGAAAAGUUUUAUACGUUGUUUCAAAAGAAUUAGUUGGUUUACGUGUUUGUCCAAUGCUUGCAAAAUAACGUUUCCAAGUAAAAACUAGAUGCUCCUAAGAAUCUCAUUUGGUUUAUGUUACUACGUGUUUUAUUGUGCAUAUGUAAGAAAGUUUACCUGGCUAGAUGUUCGAAAGAAUUUCUCUGACAACCUACGGCUUUUAACUCAUAUUUCAUCUUAAGAAAUACGUUUUAUUAACUCCAUUGUUAGUAGAUUGUUUUUAGUUUUUUACCAGUUUACGGCGGACAUAACCCAUAAGCUGAGCAUUUGUUUUAGACAAGACUUUUUAUAUAAAAAUAUAUUAAAAGAGAAUGUCUGUCAUUGUUAAAUAUGUUACUGCGUAAUUCUUCUUUUUAAUAUAUGUUUCAUUUCCAGAGAAAAUUAAAUAUGGAUUGUGAAAAUCUUUCAGAUGGUCCAACUGUGAUCAACACAUCCUGUGAUGAUGUUGAGACGGACAUUGACAGUGUGUUGCGAAGACUUGGUUCCUGUGGCAAUUCGCAGCGUGUACUUCAGUUGUUAUGCAUGAUCAUGCACCUGUCUGUGUCCUAUCAAUCGUUUUUAAUGUAUUACGCUGCCAACAAUCCUCCUUGGAUAUGUGUGGGUAACUCUAGCACAUUUUGUGAAAAGAAUUAUGGAAAAAUAUUUGACGUCACAGACGAUGACUUCCGUAAACGAUGUAGUUUGAAUCGAACUGAGUGGCGUUAUACCGCCGCUGAACCUUUCUCGAUCGUCACAGAACUCGAUCUUGUGUGUGAUAAAGAUUCGUUAGCUGCUUUGAUCACUGCUGCCUUCUUUAUUGGAUGGGGUGUUGGAGGAAUCUUUUCUGGUUUGCUAGCUGACACGUAUGGUCGAAAGGUAACACAAAUGCUAUCGUUGUUUCUGUUAUUCAUAUUUUCAUUCACACUGUCAUAUACAAAUGCUGUCUGGCAAGUUAUUUUACUUCGUUCUUUAAUUGGUGCAGUUACGGGGACUUGUCUUAACGUUGUCUACGUUCUCCUAUCAGAAUAUUCUGUACCUGAAAAACGUGCACUGGCAGGUUGUAUCUUACAGGCUUGUUUUCCAGUUGGAAACUUAUUAUUGUCAGUAGUAGCAUAUUACGAAAGGGAAUGGAGGAAAUUAUGCAUGUAUACCUCUUUCCCGAUGAUCUUCUCUUUUUUACUGACUUUCGCAUUAUUAAAGUCACCAAGGUGGUUGUACGCCUCUGGUAAAACUUCCAAGGCUGAAAAUGUACUGCGUACUAUGGCCAAGUUCAACAAAUGCGAACCGUUUGAGUUUGUGUUGCAACAAAGUAGCUGCUUGAAAGCAAACAACAAGUAUUCCUACAAGGAUUUAUUAUUCAGUAAUUGCUCCUUAACUCUGCUUGUGGCUGCACAGUUUUACGGUUGGUUUUCGUGCGGUUUGGUGUACUAUGGUGUAUCGUUGGAAUCUUCUGAUUUGGGCGGAGACAUCUACACCAACUUUAUGCUCACAACGCUAGGAGAUAUACCAGGAAAUUUUAUAACUAUUUACACCAGUAACCGUUAUGGUAGAAAAAAGACAGUUCUUUCUUCUUUCCUGUUGUGUUCUAUAGUGCUGGGUGGCAUAGCAGCCGUUCCGAAAGCGUUUGCUCAUGGCAGGAUAGUGAAAGUUGUUCUUUCUAUGUUUGGUAAAUGUUUUAUAAACGUAGCCUUCGGUGGCUUUUAUUUAUGGAGUUUCGAAAUAUUUCCGACGGUUGUCAGAACACAAGGUAUGACGUUAUGUCAAGUCGCAGCGCGCAUAGGCUCUGCAACGUCGCCAUUUAUCGCCACCAUGUUAGGAAAUAUCUAUGCGCCGUUACCUUUUAUGGUAAUGUGUGGUGUCAGCCUUCUUGCCGCACUUAGUGGUGUGGCGUUACCGGAGACCAAUAACAUGGCGACACGAGAAACUUUCGAAGACUUUACGGCGAAAGAUCGUACUGUUAGAGUUGAUGAAGAUGAAGAAAUCUUAGUUUCUGAUAGCUUGAAGUAAAAUAGGAAUUUUGUCUUAUUUUUUGUCGUUUUUUGUUUUUUUGUUUUUUUGUUUUAUGUUCAUGGCUGUAUUAAUUUUCAAACAGUUGGUUUAUGCUUAGUAUUUUGUGCAGCUUCUUGAUUUUUGUUAUUGGAUUUUUUUUCUUGGUCAUGUUUGUUUGUUUAUGCUUGAUUUUAUUAUUUUAUUUCCUUGUUGAUUUUUUUGUUUGUUUGUUGUUGUUGUUUUUAUUCGUCUGUAUUGGUUUGUGUUUUCUUAUGCCUCUAUAUUUUGUAGUUCGUUUGUUUUGUUUUGUUUGUUUGAGUGUUUGUUUGUUUGUUUUGUUCCUUACUUUCUUGCAACUGUACAUUUAGUUGUUGUUUUGUUGAUUUAUUGAUUUUAAAUAGCACAAUUCAAAGCUACUUUUUUAUGAUAGCAAAUGUAUGUAAUAAAUGAAUUUCAUAUCAUUUAGCAAUAGUCGUAUAAUUUAUUGAUUAAUAAAAUCACUUUAAUGCAUUUUAAUUUACAUAAUUUAGUAAAAAUUAACCAACACAUUCCAUUGUCACUGCUGGUUUGUAAAAGCUUUUAGAAACAAUGUAAUUAGCAAUCUUAAAAACCUUUAGAGUACUAAUUACAACUUUCACCAACAUUUUUUGAUGCAAAUACAAUAUAUUGACAAAAAAAGAUUCUGGAUAUUGUAGUUUUUGUACUCAUAAGUUCGAACACGUAAAAGUCAGGUGGCGAGACCUUUUUUGUUCAACAUCAAGUAAGUUCUAAUAAACAAGGGAAAAAAAUGUCGUUAGACAAAUGUAAUCUAAAGCUUCAACAAUCAUGUAUCGAUGAUUUUUAUGAUGAUGUUUACUAAAUACAGUGAAAAAUAAUGUUAAUUUUAAUAUUCGUCUACCUUCUAUAUAUAUAAAAAAUAUAUAUAAGAAAAAUUAUAUCCAUAAGGACGUUUAUGGAUAAAGAAGAUUUUCUGGGUUUCUCCUAAAUUAAAAUCAGCCGAAACUUUGGGGCAUUAAUAUUUAUUAAGGGAAAUAUUUUUUACGAAUUUGCUAAAUUUUCAUUUUCAUUUUUGCCAUUUUUUCACACCUGGAAAUUUACCUCUGUGUUGAAAAAACCUUGACAACAUUGAAUGUGAAAAAAAAUUCAUAACCACCUGGGUAAUAUUUUUAUAUUUAUUUUUUUUAUAUCUAUACUGCAUAUUAUCAUUUUUCAAUAAUUACUGUUGAGUAUAGAAUGACCGCAAUUGCUGCCAUAUGCCUUGUAUUUUGAAAAGCUGAUAUUCUUGAAUAUUAUUAUUAUUAUUAGUAACCUUUGGAUUCUUAGGGAACUUAUUUAUUUUUCCAAGAAUUCGCUCUAUUCCAUUUAAAGUCAGCCUUUUUCUUACACAAUCAACACGUCUAUUGGUGUUGAACAUCAGCAUUUUUUAAUAUUGCAGGUAAAAUAUUACGAUUGAAAAUAUGUUUAAAAUGAAUUUAAGGUAAGAAAUCUUAGCGGAAAAUAUUUUUGCGAUUUUGAACCCUAU